UCCUUUGCGCCGCCAUCGGAGUCGCCGUCGCAGCUUGCUGCCGCGGCCCCCGAUGAGGACUCGAUCGGACCCGAGGACCCGAGCUCCGACUCCGUCUCCGACGAUGCGGUGUCGGGAGAGCCCCAGCCAGCGGUGGCGACCGUCUCGCUCGCCAACGCCGACUUCGACACUGGCCGGGCGGUUGUUCCUGAGUCCACCCUCGGCGGCGAGACCACAUGCAUCGUGUGUUUCACCAGGCCGAAGACGCACAUCGCCGUGCCAUGUGGGCACCAGUGCGCGUGCGGCGCUUGCGCGGAUCGGAUGCGCGACUGCCCGUACUGCCGCGAGCCGGUGAUGAUGUGGAUGCUGCAGCGCCUCGUGUAG